UUUUUUUUUUGUUUUUUUUUUUUAGUGUAUUUUGAGUCUGUUAUCGUUGCAAAGUCGCCGAUGGUGUCCGGGUCGAGAAUGGAAGGUGGGACGCAAAUUCUGCCGGCUCGUGUCCGCAAAACCAUUCAAUCGAUCAAAGAAAUAGUGGGUAAUCAUUCGGAUGCUGAUAUCUAUGUGACGCUAAGAGAGACGAACAUGGAUCCUAAUGAGACUACUCAGAAACUUCUUUAUCAAGGUUACUCUUUUUUCGAGUCUCGGACUGUGAUUUUUGUUUGUUGGUUUGUGUUUGGGUUUUAUUUCGUGUGCGCGAUAAAUGGGUUGUGGUUUAUUUGAACUGAUUUUGGCUGUGGAGUUGGUGAAUAGGUGUUUUUUGGUAAAUGGGGUUUGCUUGGAAUGUGGGCAUAGUGAGUGGCGAAGUGUGGAAUUGAUGGUUCGGGGUGUACCGGGUUGGUCGAAUUUGGGAGUUUGUUAAAUGGGUUUUGGUUUAUGUGAAUUGAUAUUGACCAUGGAAUUGAUAUAUGGGUUUUGCUUAAUGUGUCGUGAGAGCGAGUGGUUGGUUUAGUUCAUCUUAUGAUUUACUUCAAUUUGAAGUUUGUGAUUAAAAUGGUCAUUAUGGGGCGAGUUUUAGCUUAAUGUUGUGUUUGGCUGGUGGGAAACACGAGGAAGGAAGAAUUGGAGAUUUUGCAAAUUGGAUAUCCUUUUGUUUAGGACCAGGAAAAAAUUAAAAAGAAGAAGAAAAAAGUCUACACAACUUUGCCUCAUGCAACUUAUUGCCUGAUUGCUUUGGGUGCUUUCUUGACUAGUAGAAAGGUUAGAGUUUGGAAGAUAGAGCAGGCUUCUGUGGAAAACUUAUUACACCGGGAGGUUGCCUUUUAAUGAAUUUAUUUAUCAGCUAGUACUAAUGUUGAUUUCUUAGCCAAGAGGGUUGCAACUUAAUCGAGGUUUUGUCUUUGAUAUUCUUCAGGCCUUAGUCUUUCCUUCUAUGUUGUCAUUCCUCUGUUUCCUAUCUCGUAUUCUGGCAUUUUUUUUAUAUAACAUGAAAUUUUGUAGAAAUUAUGCCUCUGUAAAAUUUUCAAAAUGUUGUGCCUGCUAUUACAAUAUCUCAUAUUUCAAAUCUGGUGACAUUAAUAGUCAAUAUACUAUUUUUAAUAUUUUUUUGACUUCUUAUCAUUAUCAUUAAUAAUAAUGUGUGUUUCUAUUUUGAAGUAAAACAUAUAUUAUAAUAGUGUUUCAAAAACUAGCAUUAUAUGACAUUACUAUAAAAAUUUUAAAAUCAUAGAUGGACUCUUAGUCUAUAACAUAUGAUUCAGGUUAUUUCGCAAUCCUUCCCAAAUUCUAAAAAACUAUAGUCAGAUUUCAAAAAAUUGCGUCAACCACCAAUCAAAAUUUGCCACAUAGGAAUAGACAAAAGGGUAUUUUUUCAAUUUACAAGAAAACCAGGGGCGGAAACCCAGAAUCCAUAAUUAGGAAAUCUUAAAGCGCCUCUAUAAGUCUCUCAGAAGUAAAACAUUUUGAAAACCCCUCUCUCGCGGCUCUUCCUUCUCUCUCUUCUUCUUCCAUUGGUGGUGAGUUUGAUUAGGGUUUGAAAGUCAGCAAUGGCGUUUGAUUCAAGAAUGGAAGGAGGGAUGCAAAUUCUUCCACCUCAGGUCCACAAAACCAUUCAAUUGAUCAAAGAAAUAGUGGGUAAUCAUUCUGAUGCUGACAUCUAUGUUGCACUAAGAGAGAUGAACAUGGAUCCCAAUGAGACUGUCCAGAAAUUGCUUAAUCAAGAUCCAUUUCACGAGGUGAAGAGAAAAAGGGACAAGAAGAAAGAGAGUACAGGGUACAAGCGUCCCACAGAGCCAAGAAUAUAUAUUGAGAAUGUAGGUCAAGGAAAAUUUCGUAGUUUCCCUGAUCGUAAUGUUCGAAGGGGAGGUUACUCUCGAAGUACUGUACCUGGAAUUGGCCGGGAGUUUCGUGUUGUGAGAGACAACAGAGUUAAUCAAAAUACAAAUAGAGAUAUGAAACCUGUUUCUCCACAAUUGGCUACAUCUGUCAAUGAGCAAGUUAUCUCAAAUAUUUCUGAAAAGGGCAACUCAACAGGGACUUCAAACAAUCAGAAGCCCUCAAGUGGACGGCAGUCAUCGCAAUCUUUAAAUGGGCCAACUGAUGCACGUCCUGGGAUUCCACAAGAUGCUAAUUCAAGUGGCUCUAAUAGGAAAGAGUUAUUAGAGGAGAGACAAGCAACCAUUCCAAAUGCAGUUUCGCGAGUGCAGGCAGUGAAGCCAAAUGAUUCUCAACCAUAUUCAGCAUCACUUGCCUCAAACAGUUCUGUUGUAGGGGUUUAUUCUUCUUCAUCGGAUCCAGUUCAUGUGCCAUCUCCAGACUCUCGAUCAUCUGCUAUUGUUGGGGCUAUUAAGCGUGAAGUUGGGGUGGUGGGUGUUCGCCGACAAUCUACUGAAAACUCUGUUAAACAUUCAUCCGCACCAAGCAGUUCGUUGCCCAGUUCACUUUUGGGAAGAGAGAAUUCCCCAUCUACUGAACCAUUUCGUCCUUUUAAUGCAAUUCCUAAGAGUGACCAACCAAGGCAAACAACUGUUCCUGAUCAUGUUAUUCCCAGCAUGCCAGUAAACAGAUCUUUCUUGGGUAAUCAGUAUGGUAGCCGGCCUCAUCAACAACCUGUGGGUCAUCAGAAAGCUCCCCAGCCUAAUAAGGAGUGGAAACCAAAAUCGAGUCAAAAGUCAAGUCACAUCAUCCCUGGGGUAAUUGGAACUCCUGCAAAAUCUGUUUCACCUCGUGCUGAUAAUUCGAAGGACUUGGAAUCAGAGACAGCUAAAUUACAAGAUAAGCUUUCACAAGCAAGCAUCAGUGAGAAUCAGAAUGUAAUCAUUGCACAGCAUAUUCGAGUCCCUGAGACCGAUCGCUGCCGGCUUACCUUUGGUAGCUUUGGAGCAGAUUUUGCAUCUGGGUUUCAAGCAGUUGGAAAUGCAGAUGAACCAAGUGCAGAACCUUCUGCAAGUUUAUCAGUAUCACCACCAGAAUCUUCCAGUGAUGAUGGCAGCAAGCAGGUAGAUCUGGAUGACCAAUAUAUAAAUUCUGGGACUGCUUCACCUGAAUCUGGCGAAGCUUCUGAGCAUCAAUUGCCUGAUAAAAAGGAGUCUUCAAGUCCUCAAAAUUUGGAAAACUAUGCAGAUAUUGGAUUGGUUCGAGAAAGUAGCCCAUCUUAUACUCCAGAGUCACAACAGCAGCAAGAACGUCAUGUCUUACCGAGUUUUCCUCAUGCAUAUGAUCCCCAGGCUGGUUAUGAUAUUCCGUACUUCAGACCCACAAUGGAUGAAACAGUACGAGGGCAGGGUUUACCAUCUCCCCAGGAGGCCUUAGCCUCACAUACAGCUAACAGCAUCCCGGCAUCAUCAAUAGCCAUGGUACAACAACAGCAACAGCAACCACCAGUGCCCCAGAUGUAUCAGCAAGUUCAUGUUCCUCAUUUUGCUAAUCUAAUGCCAUAUCGCCAGUUCCUCUCCCCAGUUUACGUCCCACCAAUGGCCAUGCCUGGCUAUUCUAGUAACCCUGCUUACAGUCAUCCUUCAAAUGCCAACAGUUACCUGCUGAUGCCUGGAGGGAGCUCCCAUCUUGGUGCAAACGGACUCAAGUAUGGAAUCCAGCAGUUAAAGCCUGUUCCUGCUGGCAGUCCCACAGGGUUUGGAAAUUUUACUAAUCCAACUGGGUAUGCUAUUAAUGCUCCUGGUGUUGUUGGCAGUGCAACUGGACUUGAAGAUUCAUCCCGGCUCAAGUACAAAGAUGGCAACAUUUACGUUCCAAAUCCACAGGCUGAGACAUCGGAAAUUUGGAUCCAGAACCCGAGGGAGCUUCCGGGUCUUCAAUCUGCUCCAUACUACAACAUGCCUGCCCAAACCCCUCAUGCUGCUUAUAUGCCUUCCCACACAGGCCAUGCAUCCUUCAAUGCAGCUGCAGCAGCAGCCCAAUCUUCUCACAUGCAGUUCCCCGGGCUGUACCACCCUCCUCCACAGCCUGCUGCAAUGGCAAGCCCCCACCAUCUAGGCCCUCCCAUGGGUGGUAACGUUGGAGUUGGGGUGGCAGCAGCAGCGCCCGGCCCUCAGGUGGGUGCCUAUCAGCAGCCUCAGCUGGGUCAUCUCAACUGGACCACAAACUUCUGAUACCAAGAAAGUAAUGCCUCACCCAGUCUCCAAAUCCCUUGCCAAGGGACUGAAGAAGUGUUAGCUAUAGAAGUUGCUAGUUUUUUUUUUUUUUUUUUCCUUUGUGAAAUGAGAAAAACCCAUAAUCAUCUUUUUCUAUUUAAAUGCAUCAUGUGUUUCAAUUUCCCAUUAA